AUGCUCGACGACCUCCUCCAAGGGCGAGAUCUCGACAGCCUCACAGACGAAGAGAAGAUGGCCGUCCUCGACCCGCCUCGGACGGAGGCGGAGCGGCUCGCGUACCUCCGCUCCCGCGGCGUCGAGCCGACGGUCGCUGUGUCGCUCGAGUCGGCGGCCGCGCCGUCCGGCGGCGGGGACGUGCUCCCCGGCCUGCUGGCGCCGCGCUUCGCCGACGACGGCGUGAUGGACGACGCGACCGCGCUCGCUCUCGCCGCCGGGCUGAGCGGGCGGGCGAUCCACGGCAGCUACGCGUGGAGCCAGACGGAGGAGGAGGUCGAGUGGGUGCGGGAGGUAGACAGUCAGCUGGCCUUUAGGCGCGUGGGCGUGGCGUACGGCCGCGGCCGUUCCUUGCGCGUCUGCUUCGACGGAAAGGUUGCGGUGGAGCUGCCGGAGCUCUUCGACGCGGUGGUGCCGGAUGGGUGCGCGUGGACGCUCGAGUCCGGGGUCCUCGCGCUGACGCUCGAGAAGGCGGACGCGAGGCCGUGGGCGACGCUCGCCCUCGAGCUCACAAAGGCGUAG